UGAGCUACCUGUACGUCGCAGACGCAAGACGUGUAUGUGUUAAUUUAACUAAACACAAGUAACCAGUUUAAUUUUGGUAGUGUUACUUGAAAGUUGUGUACUCAAAGUGGUUCAAAAGUAAAUUUGUGUUCGUAUUAUUUAGUUACUGAAUUGUAAAAGUGCAAGUGGCCUUGUAGUUUUUAUCAAACAAGUGGAUUUAUCAUUUAAGUCGUUCGAUAGCAGUCUACAGGACAAUCAUAGCAAAAUGUCGGAUAAUACUCAGGAUAUAAUAAAGGAAGCCGCGGCUGCUGCAGCCGUUGGCACUUCACUAUUUAGUACUUUCGACAUAGUCAUGCUUGUCAUCUUAUUUGGUGCAGCUGUAUGGUGGCUAUACAGUUCAAGGAAGGAAAGUAAAAAGGACGACUUAUUGCUCAGUAAUUAUGCCAUCCAGCCAGCAGGAUCCAUACAAGUAACUGAAAAUUCAUUUAUCAAAAAAUUACAAUCAUCGGGAAGAAGCCUCGUAGUAUUUUAUGGCUCCCAAACUGGAACCGGAGAGGAAUUUGCAGGGCGCUUAGCAAAAGAGGGAAUACGAUACAAAAUGAAAGGCAUGGUUGCCGAUCCUGAAGAAUGUGAUAUGGAAGAGCUUACUAAACUUAAGGAUAUACCAAAUUCACUAGCUGUAUUCUGCUUAGCCACAUACGGAGAAGGGGAUCCAACGGAUAAUGCUAUGGACUUUAUCGAAUGGUUAAAAAAUGAACCUGAUUUAACGGGAUUAAAUUACGCUGUGUUUGGACUUGGAAAUAAAACUUAUGAGCAUUACAAUGCAGUGGCUAUUUAUGUGGAUAAACGCAUGGAAGAGCUCGGAGCCACAAGAGUAUAUGAGCUGGGAUUGGGAGAUGAUGAUGCUAACAUUGAAGAUGAUUUUAUAACCUGGAAAGAUAAGUUUUGGCCGUCAGUAUGCGAAAAAUAUAAUAUUGAGAGCACUGGAGAAGAAGAACUGACAAGGCAGUUCCGAUUAGUAAGUCAUGCCCCUGAGGAGUUUAAACCAAAUGAGAUAUUCACCGGAGAGAUUGCUAGGCUACAUUCUUUGCAGAACCAACGCCCACCAUUUGAUGCUAAGAAUCCAUUCCUUGCACAAAUAGUAGUAAAUAGAGAACUACACAAAGGUGGUGAUAGAUCAUGUCUGCAUGUGGAGUUAAAUAUUUCAGACUCCAAUAUGAGAUAUGAAGCAGGUGAUCAUGUGGCUGUGUAUCCAAUAAAUAAUAGUAAUUUAGUUGACCGCCUUGGUCAGUUAACGGGAGCAGAUCUGGAUGAAGUAUUUUCCCUCAUUAACACAGACCAGGAAAGCACAAAGAAACAUCCAUUUCCUUGUCCCACAUCCUACAGGACUGCAUUAUCUCAUUAUGUAGAAAUCACAGCUAUGCCCAGAACCCACAUUUUAAGAGAACUUGUUGAAUAUUGUUCAGAUGAAGAGGAUAAAAAGAAACUGCUGCUUAUGGCCACAAAUUCCCAGGAAGGCAAAGCAUUAUAUCAGUCAUUUGUUGUUGAUGCGUGUAGGAACAUUGUACAUAUUUUGGAAGAUAUUAAAUCAUGUAAACCACAAUUGGACCACCUUUGUGAGCUGUUGCCUCGACUUCAACCGAGAUACUAUUCAAUUUCAUCUAGUCCUAAGUUAUACCCUGAGACAAUCCACGUAACAGCUGUAGUUGUGAAGUACAAAACUCCAACGGGUCGCAUUAACAAAGGAGUCACCACCACUUGGCUUGCAGAGAACAUACCGGAACCUGACAAACCUUUCCCACGAGUGCCUGUUUACAUUAGAAAAUCUCAGUUCAGAUUACCGCUGCAGAGUCAAACUCCUAUCCUGAUGGUGGGCCCGGGUACGGGGCUUGCGCCUUUCCGCGGUUUCCUUCAGGAGCGGGCGUAUGCGCGUGCGCAGGGCCGCCCCGUCGGUGACACCGUUCUGUACUUUGGCUGCAGACAUCGCGACCAGGACUACAUCUACCAAGAGGAACUAGAAGAGUUUGAGAGAAAUGGUGACGUUACGUUAAAUGUUGCCUUCUCACGUGAUCAAUCGCACAAAAUAUAUGUAACGCAUUUAUUGGAGAAGAAUCUAGACCAGAUUUGGGACAUAAUUGGCAAGAGGAAUGGACAUUUCUAUAUAUGCGGAGACGCUAAAAAUAUGGCUGUAGACGUACGUAAUAUAGUUAUUAAAGCUAUCCAAGAGAUAGGCGGCCGUACAGAAACAGAAGCAGCACAAUUUCUGAAGAAAUUGGAGUCCAUGAAAAAAUAUUCAGCUGAUGUUUGGAGUUAAGUAAAUGCUAGAUUUGUGAUAGAGAUCCUAGUAAAAUUAUACAAAGCAGAUAAGUGAUAUUAUAUAAAACAUGGAUAUAAUAUAAUUUCUAUAACUUGGGAGUGAACGUAGUUUGGUUGAAAGGAUGUUUUGUAUUCUAAAAUGGUCCAGUAAGCAAGGACUUUCGCUAAGCAAAUUAGAUCCAAGAUUAAAACUAAGGAAACACGUUUUAUGACUGGAGUCUAUGCCACGUAUAAGACAGGUAUUUUAAAGUAUAGUAAAUGUCGUAACCUAAUCUUAUUAAGCAUUACAUUUAAAAUAUUAAAUCAUUUUCAAAAUAAAAUAAUAUGUACGUAUGACAAACAAUAUUCUCAGGAGUCGCGUAUUCAUUUCCACCUUGCUUUACAAAUUCUAUGAAUGCAGUGUGAAAUCGAAUUAUUAUUGUUAUGAAAUAGCUCAUAUUACUUCUGGAUAUAAUAAACAAACAUAUAUUCCUAAUAUUAGUACAGAUAAUGAUUCCAAUAUCUCAGGAGUUUUCUACUAAACUACGCCCAAUUGUAGUACCCAUUAAAGGGGUAUCUCUAAAUAAUUUACAUUCAGUGUGUAUUCAGAAUUUUUGUAACCAAAAAAUAAAAUAAACUUGACGUAAUGAUCGAUUCAAUUCCAAAUACUUGGAAUACAUACAUAAUACAUUUGAAUUAAAAGAAAUUAUACUUAAAAAUUUUAAUUGUUUACGGGAACAUUUAGCUUAACUUUUAACAUAAAUGUUGCCGACCAACAUGAUAGUGAGUUUUAUUAUUGCUCUGUAAAUCUUAUUGUUAUAAUGUUAUUAAAUUAAAUACCUGAUCAAAUGCGAGUAAGGACGUCCUAACAUGGUUUCCGUAGUUAUUUAUGCCACUAAAGAAAAGUUCUUUUACCAACCCCACUAUCAGGGGUUAUUGAAAAUGAAGUUGUUUGAGUUUUCUCUAAAUAUAUUUUAGACAUAAAUAAUCAUAGGAUUUGGGUGACGAAAAAUAACCAUAAGGGUUCUCUGUUAACUAUGGAAAAUUAAUUAAAAGUAUAUAUUUAUUUGUUAAAUGUAAAGGGUUUUAUAAACAACGCGUGAGUACUCUGUCAUUUCAGUUUUCUGUAAGUAAUCAAUAUUGUUUUUUGGUACCAAUUCAGUACUUACUACCAUCGAUUAAAGCAGUAUUAUUUUAAAAUGAGAGUUUUAUAUGACAUGCCCCUAUAUAAGAAUUUAUAUUCUGAAACAAGAACAUCAACAAUAUUAGAAUGAAAAUGCUUUAAGCGAUGUAAGUAAGUACCCUAUUGUUUAUAAAAAGUUUAAACUUGACAAUUUUAUACCAUUUCACCCGAAGAACAUUGUAAAAAUAAUAGCACCAUUUAUUUAAUGGGGCUUAACCUUAUAUAAAUAAGGAUUAUAAUUCGGAAACUAAACGUCAACAAUAUUAUAAUAAUACCGGUAGAAAGGCCCCUGGUCCUAUUGUUGUAUACAUUUUGUUGUUGUUAAUUAUAAGACGCAAUAAUAUAUUAUCGUAAUGUAAGUGGAUUGGGAUAUAUAGGAAAUAAGAAUUAUUUUUAAAUUUAUAUGAACAAAUAAAAUUAUUUCAUUAAU